CGUGCGACCAAUUACCACUCCUUCCAUUCUCAGCGCCAGGGUUUGUGGAAGCCGCCUGGAUUAAAAUGAAGGACAGCAGCAAGGACGAGAUCUACUUUCUCUUCAGUGAGUCUGAUGGUAAUGAGGCUUCAGAGAGAGCUGUCAGGUCCUGCAUUGGACGCGUCUGCAAGGUUGACGAGGGAGCAUCGAAGAGCACUCAAGACUCCUGGACGACCUUCCUGAAGGCUCAGCUGCUCUGCGGCUUUCCAGCCGAGCUGAGGUACUUCAACAAGAUUCAAGACGCCUCUGUCCUCCUCGUGGAUGGCGACCCUCAGAGAAGUACGGUGUAUGGGAUCUUUUCCAGCCUGUGGAACUCCAGUGCGAUCUGUGCCUACUCUCAGGCGGACAUAGACUGGGCGUUUAAAAACCCCAAGCUGAAGGGUUUCACCGGCAACCUGCCAGCGAGUCCAAAGCCAGGAACGUGCGGCAUCAGCAACGUCCCGAGAAACGUCCUGACGGCAAUAAGGAACUACCCAGAGAUCGAGGUCUCCAUCCUCCCCGUGAAAGACCAGCCCCUCUACGUGGUCAAGCACACCAGCUACACCAAGAUCGCAGCAGACCAAGUCAAGGGGGCCAAUCAUGACUCCUAUCCCGUCUUGUUCGUUGGCACAGGGAACGGGAAGGUCCAUAAAGUUUUACAUUACGGCGGGGAGUCUUUCAUCAUCUCGGAGCUCAGCCCCUUUCAGACUGAGGCCCCUGUCUCGGCCAUGACACUGGACCCCAGCACGGGGCACCUCUUUGUUGGGACUCCCUUGGAGACCGUCCGACUGCCGCUGGCGAACUGCGAGGCGUACGGCAGCGCCUGCCGGCAGUGUGUCGCUGCCAGAGACCCCUACUGCGGGUGGCAUCAGGUCAGCAAGAUGUGCGUGCCUGUCGCAGGAGCGGAGAAUGACACUGAGAGUGAGAUCCUCCAGAGUAUUAAACAGCUGAACGUCUCGAUCUGCGAUGGUGAAGCAGGUUUGAUGUCUUUCAACAAAGAGCCCAAAAUGUUGACUGUGCACUCACCUGCCUAUCUGUACCUGCCCUGUCCGGUCAAGUCCUACCACGCUGUGUACACGUGGAGCUAUAACCAGAAGGAUCGGUUUUCCUGCACCAUUCAAGAUGACUCCUGCCCACUGAUAUUCAACCAUCAUCUCCCAGCGAGCAGCGGGGAGUUCAGGUGCAUCGCCAGUGAGGACGGGCUGGAGGAGGUGCUGGCUGUCUAUAAUCCUGAGGCGGAGAAGUUUAACAACGAAGAGAGACUGGAUCAGCUUGGGUUGUUUUCUCUGGAGCAAGGAGCAAAUUGCCUUAUAGAUCAUGAGGAGCCUGGCUCGUGUGAACAGGGAGCAGCUGUUCCUCUCAGUCCCAAUGGUCAGUAUAGUGAGGGGUCCUAA